AUGGCGCUCACCACCCCUCUCACAUCGACACCUACAAUAGAUCCUGCGGUAUCUUCCUCUCUUCUGGCCGCGUAUGGCAAUGCCACCGGUACUAACCCUGCUUUCGCUGGUCUUCUUCAAUUCAACAACAUGUCUUCCAAGCAGUUCGACGCCGCCGCCUACAGCCUCAACACAUCUCAGACAGGAUGCUACAGACAGGGAGCCAUGCCUGUAGCACUAGCCGGCAACGACACCUGCUUACUCGGCUGGUAUUGUCCUAACAGCACAGAUGACUUUCCGCCCCAGUACUGCCCGCCCGAUGAAACGUGUCUUGCGAAGCGCAGUAGUAGAGCUACGUGUGAUUCGGUGCAGGGCUGGCUAGAACCGAAGAUAUGUGCAGAUGGAUUCUACUGCCCGCCAGGUGGGAAGCAGCAGCUGCCUUGUCCAGAAGGGACAUUCUGCCCGAGCGGCAGCUAUGAACCCUGGAAUUGCACAUUCGGCGCCCAUUGUCCCGCAGUCAGCAAGAGGCAGAUUGUGACGGUACCAUUGGGCUUGACGCUUGUUAUUGAUAUCGCUCUGCUUCUGGCUAUGGUGGUCUGGUUCGCCGUGGAGAGAUGGAAGAAACGGCGCCCAACGCGGUAUACCACUCUGGAUCAAGGGGACAAUCCAGACGAUGUGGAAUUACUAGCAGCGCCAGCCAGCAUAGCCAGGUCACAUUCGCCGAGCUUAUCAAUCUCUAGUCCUGCUGGUGAGACGACGGAGAUGUUCCAGCCGCAGUCGAGACGAGCGAGCGGCAGGGUGGACAAUAUGGAUGGUGUAAUGGACGACGACAACGACGACAACCUCUCGCAGUACGACGACUAUGAUGCAGUCGAUGAUGAUCUACACAACUCACCCGAUAUGCAACGAUUCAUCCGAAACAUGUCUCGCACCAUCGAGACGAACUCGAUCGGCCUCUCCUUCGACUUUGAGAAACUUUCCUUCCAGACCAGCAAGGGCAAGAAGAUUCUGCAGGAUGUCACGGGCACAAUGCCACGAGGAAGCUGUUGGGGUGUCAUGGGCGGUUCCGGAGCCGGCAAGAGCACAUUCUUGAACGUUUUGAUGGGCAAGAUGACGGCUACGGGAGGUUCGAUCAAGAUCAAUGGCUGGACGAAGGACAUGAGCAAGUACAAGAAAUUGAUUGGAUAUGUGCCGCAGGAUGACAUUGUCUUCCCGGAGCUGACGGUGAGAGAGAACAUUCUACAUUCGGCGAGAGUGCGGUUACCAGCCAGCUGGAGGGACAAGGCGAUACAGGACCAUGUCGAUGCGCUUAUUGCGUGUCUGCAGCUGUCCCAUGUCCAGCACAGCCGUGUGGGUGAUGCACGUAAUCCUGUGAUUUCUGGCGGGCAGAGGAAGCGAGUCAACAUUGGUAUGGAGUUGGCUGCAGCACCAAUGGCUAUAUUUUUGGACGAACCUACUUCAGGUCUCGACUCUACCAGCGCCGCGACUAUCAUGAGAUUAUUGAGGGCCAUCAGCAGACUAGGCGUCACCACAAUCGCCAUCAUUCAUCAACCGCGCGAGCAGAUCUUCUACGGCUUCGAUCAGUUGGUUCUGCUCGCACAAGGCAAGAGUGUGUACAGCGGUGCCACAGAAGAUGUGCAAAGCUACUUCGAAGGUCUUGGCCUCGCAUUUCCGCAACGCAGUAACCCAGCCGACACUCUAAUCGACAUCAUCACUGGCGACGGAGCGCAAUACACACUUGGCGGCAGUAAACGCGACACCGCCACUGAAAUCCUGAUCGCAGAAUGGAAUAACAAAGGUCAAUACGGCAAUCAUAGCAGACACCUCCAAGUCGGCGACCUCCCGGUCAAACGCAACCGCCGUGCAAGCAACCAAUCGAUGAAUUCUACAAUCGAGCAAGAAGAAAGCCUAAAACGAACGAUGAAAGCCCGAGGUGCGACGUGGCCCGCACAGGUCUAUUACUGCUGGGCCCGCGCAAUGCGCCAACAAAUCCGCAAUGCUACCUCCUUCUUCUUCGAGAUUGGUGUUGGUGGCUUGGCUGGUAUAAUCAUCGGACUUUCCGCUUUCGCCGCCAAUGGUCAUUUAUUCCAGGGAAUAUACCAUCCGCCUUUCACUAUCCUCAGCAGUGCAGUCGAUUAUGCAAGUACGCCGCAGAUAGGACUGCUUGGUGGUAUGGCGAUUGGACUUGCGGCCUCUGCGCCGGGCUUCUGGGUGUUCGGGGAGGAGAAGUUGAUGUAUUAUCGGGAGACGGCUUCGGGACACUCGAGGAGCGCUUAUUAUGUUGGCAAGCUCUUCUCAACAUUGCUUCGGAUCGGUCUUAGCAGCCUACACUUUACCGUCUUCCUUGGAGUCCUGGCCACGCCUUUGAUAUCCUUCCAGGACAUGUACGCUGCGAAUUUGGCUUACUUCUGGUGUAUCUACGGCCUGGCAUCUGUUGUCAGUAUGGUCGUCAAACGGGAAGAUGGCCCUCUGCUAUCUGUAUUGGCCUCACUGGUUAUUGGAGUUUUAGGGGGGGUUGCACCGCCACUGUCGAAGGUGAAGCAGUGGCAUAUGGAAUGGUUCUGGCGCUUGAGUCCAGGCGUAUGGUUUACGGAGGUGUACGUGACGCAGAACUGGAGUCCGAUGGCAUAUCUAUAUGAAACGGAGCUGGCUGCUAAGGGUAUUGGGUUUACGCUUGGGCAGUUCGGGACAGAUAUUGGAAUAUUAUUCCUCAUCGGCGGCAUAUACCGAAUCAUUGCAUACUUCGCAUUGAUAGCAGUUCACCGAGACAAGCAGCGGUGA